AGCAGAAGGGAGGGAGACGGGUCAGUCAAUAGUGAGGUAAAACGUGUGCCUGUGGGAGUGGCCGACGCAUAAAGGGAGAAUUGAGCGGAGCACUUUCACUUUGAGCUGUGCCUGUGUCUGAGUAGGAUACAGAGGGAUAGGGAGAAAUCCAGGGGAAGAGGUCAGCUCUGGCACUUUAUUCAUUAACCACUUUUAAGGGACAGAGACAGAGUGGCAAGGAAAAUUCUAGGUCAGUAGUGAGAAAGGGAAAGGAGAAAAGAUUUAGAAAGGGAAAUAGAAAAACAAGGCUUUCAAAGUGAAAGGCUGCAGCCACCCUGGCUUCAAGUGGGAAAACCCAAAGUGAGAGAGCAUGUCGAUGUGAGGUGACAAGUGGGGCAUGUGCAUGGAAAGUACCAAAGGACCCUAAGUAAAGAGAAGGGGAUGAUCUGAGGGAUGUGAACAGGAAGACUAAAUAUCAAGCAGUAAAGAAGAAGAGACAGAAGCCUGCUCUUUCAAAGACCUGUAAAAAAACCACAGGAGGAAGCUUCGCCUUUUACAGAGUGACAGUGAAGCUUGCCUGCAGAGUCACUGCUGUCAACAAGAGAAAUGGACAUGCAGUCAAGAUAAAACGAUGACACUGCGAGUUCUACUGUUGCUGUCAUUACUAACUGCCCCAUGUGGUGGAUGUGAGUUUGACCUGGAAGGUGUGAAAAAUAUCAAAGGGACCAUCGAUUCGAGUUCAGCAGGCUUUCGCACAGUGUUUCCUAAGGAUUACUAUGUGGUGCAUCGAUAUACAAGACACAUGCUCUGUGACACCGAUCCGUGUUGCGUGUUCCCUGCUGCGUAUGUCCUCCAUGAUUCUUGGCAAGUGCUCCUGACAAACCUCUGGGAGGAACACUUAAAUCACUCUCUUGUUGUGGAACUUACACGGACACUGGAUAAAAUUAUUAGCAAGAACAGAAACAUGGAAAUGUUUCAGGAGGAGACAGACUUAUCCCAGUUCUCCUUGGUGUCUUCCUCUCCAGAAGAACUCCUAAAGUUAACAUCAGAACUUUUUAGCCGGUGGAUUCAAAUUGGGUGCCCACCUUCAAUUGAAACAUGCACCCUGCCCAACUUGCCACCGUCUGUUGAAAGGAAGGACUACAGCCCAUCAAGGGCCAGACUUUUAACCACUAGAGCGGUAGACAAUAUGAAAUCUGGCAGGAUUAUAGACACACCACCACUGUCCAGUGGGGUUCCCCCAUCAUAUUCUGCAUUUGUUUGGAGCUCCUUAUUAUUAAGACUCUACUGGUGUUUGCUACCAUAGUUGUCAAAAAGGGUCUUAUAUAUAUCUUUAUAGGCACUGAUGACUGUUUUCUUAAGUUUUUGUCUUUGUGUUUCGGUGUGGUAAGCUUUGUGAAACUCAAGUGUUACAUCUGAUGCACAAAAUUAGAGCAAACCACCAGUCUCGCCGUCCAACAGCACUCUGUAAGAGGUGAUAUCGCAGAUGUAAUCCAAUAGCAUCACUAUUUAGAGCAAGCUAUCUAUGGUUUAUGUUCUUCUUGCUAAUGGGCAUUGCCUGCCACUGUUUACAAAUGGAUGUAUAUGUAUUUACUUUUGUACAGAAAAAUAAAUUAAAGACAUUUAGAUAUAUGCAUCGUUAGCUUUUGGUGUAACUUGCCAGUAUCCAAAGUCUGUGUUAUAUUUAUUACAGUAUUUUGAAUGUACAUUUACAGUUAGGCUACUUAAGUAAAUGUGCUUAAGUGUUGGGAUAUACAUAUUUAAUUUUUUUUUUCCAUUUAAAUACACUUUUACGCCACAUUUUAGAGGUAAAUACUGUCAUUUCUCUCCACAUUUGUAAAAAAUGAUUAUGCACUGUGGCACACUGAAAAACUCAACAGUUUAUGAAGUUGUUAAAAUCAGUGCACUGCCAAUUACAGCUGUAAUGCCUGCAUAAUGAUACUGUAGCCUAUGAUCAGCACUAACUUAUGACAUUAAUAAAACUACAGUUGCAGAGCAAUCACAGGUACAA